AUGUCGGGAGAGGUGCGUUUGAAGAAGCUGGAGAAGCUGAUCCUGGACGGGCCAGCUCAGGCUAAUGGCCAGUGCCUGAGUGUGGAAACGAUGCUGGAUAUCCUGGUCUGCCUCUAUGAUGAGUGCAACAACUCUCCGCUUAGAAGGGAGAAAAACAUCCUGGAGUUUUUGGACUGGGAGGCCCAGCUAGCUGCUGGAGCAUGCCUGGUUGGCCGGCCUGCCUUUGAAAGCACUGAAAGAGGUGCAGCCGUGCUGAGGCAGUGA